AUGCGUUUCAGGGCUAAAGCUGUAGGCGAGCCAACAGCAUCACCUCGCUCUGGAACAACGACAAAAAUUGACUCGUCAUCGUCAUCCCAGCGAACUUCAGUCACAAAAGCAAAGCUCUUCAAGCAAGUAUAUCCACUCCCUCUCACAACCACAGUCAAGUCUACAACAAAUCGAACAAGCGACACGUCUUUCAAGCAAGUUGUUCAGCAAAUCAUAGCACACAUUGUCAACUCAUCUCGAAUCGAUGACUUUCUCAAGAGUAACAUUAGCGAUAUCUUAGACGAUCCAAGCAUUUCAACGGACCAGCUAGACUAUCCAGUCUUUAGAUCACAGUUUCACGCUCCAAUUUUUGAAUAUUUCUCGACACUUGUAGCCAGUUAUGAUUCAGUAGAGACUGGGACUACAACCACAAAACCUUCAAUGGAAAGUGAUCUCCCUUUCAGCAGCGGUCGUGUAGAAGAAAGUACUUCUGUUUCCCCUCAGUACUCCGGGGAAUCUGUUAUUAAUUCUGGACUGGUUUCGAGUGGCACAAUUGAUAUUGAAGAAAGACCAUCACAAUUUGCGGUAGCACCUAUCUGGCCUCAAAAUGUGUCAUCUCAUACUUCAGUUUCUCCUAAUGGAUCAAUCAUCGAGGUGAUGAAAGUCACUGAGAGAAUGGGACUCAAUACUGCAAGUAAUCCACAAGACCCAGCUUUUGUGCUGUUGUUGAAUGCGGAGCAGGAAAACGCCAUAAGCGUCACCAAACCAACGUUUGACUCACAAGCCCAAAAGAUUGAAAAUUCUACUCCUUCCUUCCUUUUUAGUAGCAGAAUAGAAGAGCUCAUAAGGGUAGCACUGGAGAAGUUAUCACUCAACACCACUCAGCCCUCACGGUUUACGAUUUCCGGAGUCGCUCCCAAACCGGAAGCUCGUCAACCGAAGCUCCACAUCGGAUCAGCUUCUUCAAGCACUGAAGGAUUAGGCCAUAAUCCAAAAGGUUUAUCUGCUUCGGCAAAGGUUGCGAGUAGCUCACAGUCUGAAACAGCCACAACUUCGUCUGCUUUGCCAAUGCGCUCAAGUACACUAACCAUACAAGAACUCCAGAGAAAGUCUUCAAGAAAUCCAUCUUCUUCGAAUAAAUCUACGAAAAUUCCUCCUAGUGCCGAAACCACCACUACAGUUGUCAUGCGAACUGAGGCGUUGCCCUCAAAUGUCGAAGAGCAUUCUGAUAAUACUUCACAAACUAGUAAUAAUGUGACGAACGUUACGGAAAGUGCGCCCUCUGCACCUAUUGCAGCUUCCACUAUCUUGUCAAAUACAACAAGCGCGGCUCCUACUAGUAAAGGCUCAGGGGCUAGACGGAAUUCUACGUCGAGGGACCCUGUGAAAAAUUUUCCAAGUUUUCUUGCAAAAGCAGCUGUGGUCAAGCCAAGGAAAAAAAACUCGCCGGAUGUUGAGAAAGUCGAAAAAACUACUUCUAACAGCUCUAUCGGUGGUUCCCACUUUGAAUCCUCCAUAAGCACGACCACUCCGCCGUCUACACUCAAUGUUGAAUUUGUCACAACGGAAUUUCAGAGCACCUUCAGAACUCCACCUACUUCGAGCUCCUCUUCGGGUAAUUCUUCAGUUGAUCUUCAAUCUACAGUUUCUGCAAUUCUCAGACGAAUGCUCCAACGUGUCGCUACUAUGGAAGAGCAACUUGGGGACAUUCCAUCAAGUUCUGAUCUUCUCCUUAAUUCCUCACUUCUUGACCGUGCUGGAGCCACUGCUGGCCUUGCAAGGAGCACAACUGUCACCACUCCAGUCAAGCAAUUAGCUGAUUUCUCACAGAACACUUCCGUUCUGAAGAACUCCAGUGAAAACUCUGAAAUACAAAGUCCAAUGACUACCAAGGUCACACUAAUGAGAAAAGUUACACACAUCGAAAAAAACUUUGAUAAUACCUCGCAAAAUGAAACAGGGUCUACAGUUUCUAUGUAUACCUCUCAGUCUGAGCCUUCGUCUGUAGUAACCGUCCCAUCAACCACUGCAAGUCUGGGAGAUGUUGAGAAAGGUCUCGGUAGUACUUCACAAAAUUCUGUUGGCCCAAUAAUUCCUACGAAUGAUUCACAAAUUGAAAAUGCAUUUGUGACAGCCGUAACAGUGCCUAGCAGCGGCAUGGCACUUAUUGUUUGCACGGAACAGUCUAGCACUUCAGCAGAAAAUGUAACUGAUUCAGGAACCUGGGCGGAAAAUGUAGAUAUAUCCACGUCGACAACGAUGGCAAUUAACAGCAUUGCAGAUUUCAGAAAUGUUACAGCCACUGUACCACCGGGAACUGGAGAACAUAAUAGAAAACGAGCUGAAAAGAACCCGGAGCCUCGUCUGAUAGUCAACAUCAACGCAAUAACAGAGGAUGGUGAUGUCACGAGGGACAUUAAGAAUAAUAUUGCUGAACCUAUUUUGCAUCGCAAACCUGGAGAGUCUCUAACAUUGGAAGAACGCGGUAGUUCGCUUUUUUCGAGAUUUUCUUCACGAUCAAAGAUACCAGAAGAGCCAAUACUGAAAACUCUGGCGGAGCCUACCUCUUUGAAAAAUGUUAGCUCGAAUAAAAAUAAAUCAAGAGCGUCUCUAACAGCAGUUACGCCUCCGACGCAUAGGAAAGCGCCAGAUGGGAAGAUGUCCGUCGUGCACUCAAUUACUAAUGCAACUGCUAAGAAAAACAAUGAUCGCGCAGAAGCGGGCAAAACUAUGGAGCUUCCUUCAAGAUCAGCCCAUAGAGCCACAAAGUCCACAAUAACUGCUGGUGAGAGCUCGUCCCUCAAAGGGAAGAAGAACGUUAAACCAUUCUCGAAAGCUCAUUCACGUUCAUCUAAAAGCAUGCGUGGAAUUAUGGCGGAGAUGGUGAACACUGUGCUGGAAGUGCAUACGAGUGGGCCCACCACGAAUGUAUCAUCACUCGAGCUCCUUCAGAAUGAUAGCCCUAAUCGAAGUGCCCAGGAGAUUGUCCGCAAUAAAAACGUUGGAAUCACUGGUACUAGUUCAAAUGCCAUAAGACGUCGGAAAAAUGUGGUAGCACAGAAGAACCAUCGCACUCCACAGUUCAUUCUGCGAAGAAACUCGUUGCUGAUCCCUAUAAUAAAGCCUCACAAAUUCCAAGCGCUUACAGGUCCUGAAUUCCUUGAAAAGAACCAAAGGAGUGCAAAGGUUGUUCGAAAAAAUCUGAAUGUUCUAUCCGUCAGCGCAGCGCGAACCCUACCGAAGGAAGUAGGGCGACAAAAAAAAUUGGUUGGUGUGAAAGCGGGAGAAGUACGCAGUCACAGGAAACUUCCCAUCAUUGCGAAGGGUGCUACAUCAAGGGUUCACAACGACGCUGACAAACAUUUAUUUACGAAGAAUUCGGAUGCAGAUUUUGAUCAAGAACUCGGCGAUGCGGAGGUAUCCGGGCGAGUAGCAAAGCUACUACGACUCAUUGCAGCAUCUGUAGAGCCUAUGAACAUAGAUCAGCUUAUAGAGAGCAUAGAAUCGCAAUCAGUCGCUAGAAGACAGUCGAAACAAAACCGCUCAGCUAAUCUUUCGCUCCCGGUGAACUUGGAUUCAGGAGUCAGCCCGUUGUCACCACUGAAACAUGACAUGGAGCUGAAAGCUGAGCUAUCAACAUCUCAUAAGGAGUCAUUCCCUUUGAAGGUUGGUACCCAUUUAGUAGCGCGCCAGCCUGUUCUAUCUGCCCAAAAAGUUCAAAUAACGCCUCGUUUACUAAAUGUUAGAGCUCUCAAUGCGAGAAAGUCAAAUCGAUCCAUCAAGCAAGAGCCAUCAGUGAAACGCAAACAGUCUCCACAAAGCAAGUCAAGAGCUGCACCAACACACUACUCGCCCAAAGCUAUACCCUCAUCAUCAACAUUGCUAAGAAUCUCUCCAUCAUCACCUUCAAAAGAGCCUACAGUUCUUCGGAAAGUUCUUCACAGAGCUGAAGCCUCACUCUCCCCAAUGCCUUCUCUUCAUUCAAAAAGGUCCGUUUUUCAUGCAGUUUUUCACAAAAACAGUUCAUAA